AUGGAUGCCAGCCACACAGAUUUUGAGAACAAAACAAAUUUCCACCGCGCAAUAAAUUUUGCAUCUGACAAGCACAUGCAGUGGUUCUGCAAAGCACAAGGUUUCUUCCAAAACUUUGAUGAAUCUUUCUGUAACACAAUUUUUCUUUGGAAGGACUUGGGUUGGGCCCAUGAUCUUUACUAUAUGUACGUUGCCAAACCCGAGCUAACCCAGUUGAAACCAAUUAAAGUCACAGAGAGGGUCCAGCUUGUGACUGUGAUAUGGAUCCUCUGGGUUAUAAAAACCUCUUCACACUUCUUCAAACUUCACCAACGAGGAUAUAAGAGUGUCAGUGAGUUGAUGGCAAUUAAAAUGUUGCUAAAGAACAAAAGAUUAGCAUUGUUGUUAUUGCUGUGUGCUCAUGCCUUUGUCGCCAAUGUGGUUGCAAGGGAUGUAGCAACUGUGAAAAAUGAUGAAGAAAAGAAUAUAGGGUUUGGGAAGGGAGGUGGGUUCGGUGGUGGAGUUGGCGGGGGAGGAGGAGCUGGUGGAGGGUUCGGAGGUGGGUUUGGUGGAGGAGGGGGAGCCGGAGGAGGGUUUGGAGGUGGUGCUGGAGGAGGGUUUGGAGGUGGAGCUGGGGGAGGUCAUGGGAUUGGAGGUGGUGCUGGUGGAGGUUUUGGUAAAGGAGGUGGGAUAGGUAAAGGUGGGGGAGUUGGUGGUGGUGGCGGCUUUGGGAAAGGUGGUGGUGCUGGAGGAGGAAUUGGCAAAGGUGGAGGUUUAGGAGGUGGUGGUGGCUUUGGAAAAGGUGGUGGUGUUGGAGGAGGAAUUGGCAAAGGUGGAGGUUUAGGGGGUGGUGGUGGUUUUGGAAAAGGUGGUGGUGUUGGAGGAGGAAUUGGCAAAGGUGGAGGUCUAGGAGGAGGUGGUGGUUUUGGAAAAGGUGGUGGUGUUGGAGGUGGAAUUGGCAAAGGUGGAGGUUUAGGAGGUGGUGGUGGUUUUGGAAAAGGUGGUGGUGUUGGAGGAGGAAUUGGCAAAGGUGGAGGUCUAGGAGGUGGUGGUGGCUUUGGAAAGGGUGGUGGUGUUGGAGGAGGAAUUGGCAAAGGGGGAGGUUUAGGUGGUGGUGGUGGUUUUGGAAAGGGUGGGGGUGUUGGAGGAGGAAUUGGCAAAGGUGGAGGUUUAGGUGGUGGUGGUGGCUUUGGCAAAGGUGGUGGUGUUGGGGGUGGAAUUGGCAAAGGUGGAGGUUUAGGUGGUGGUGGUGGUUUUGGAAAAGGUGGGGGUGUUGGAGGUGGAAUUGGCAAAGGUGGAGGUUUUGGAGGUGGUGGUGGCUUUGGAAAGGGUGGUGGUGUUGGAGGUGGCUUUGGAAAGGGUGGUGGUGUUGGCGGUGGAAUAGGCAAAGGUGGAGGCUUUGGCGGCGGUGGAGGAUUCGGUGGUGGUGGUGGUGGUGGAGGAGGAUUUGGCGGAGGAGGUGGGUUUGGCGGUGGAGGUGGAUUUGGCGGCGGUGGCGGCGGCGGUGGUGGGAUUGGACACCACUGA